UUUUUAUACAAAAUCAGUUUUUGCCCUUGGAAACGGUAUCACUAAUCCCCCCUUCUCCUACCUUCCUCGUCUAGCACCCAUCACCGUCUCUGCUGCUGGCGCCGCCGCGUACUUUAUCUCCGCUGCUUCCUAAAUUAAUUUAUCUGCGCUGGUGAAGGCGAGUGAUAUUAAUUUGCAGCCAUGACAUAUCAUUUGGUUUGAGUUUUAGGUGGAGUCGUUCUCUGGCCCAAACCCUCUUGUUAGUUGAAUCUGAAGUUCCAUCAUCUUCAUUAGCAGCAAACAAAGUUAAAAAGAGCCAUAGCCUUCUCAAAUCUCUAAGAUUCCGGAACAGCACAAAAGCAACGGAAAGAUGUGCUCCUGUUAAAAUCCUCCCAAAUCAACAACGAGACAGUCAAACGUCCUGCUCUGCUCGGCAAAACCCCAGAAAACGACAUUUGAUUGAACUUCAGCCAAGGCUAAGAAUUAGUCUUGUAAGUUGUCCCUUGCAUUGCUAAUUUCAUACAUUUCGGUGAUGAUUCGUUUACUCUACUCUAAAACACCACAAUUGGUAUCUCCUAUUUUGAGACAUUUUUGUGAUUUAAGGACCUAUUCAAAGUUUCUUCAAUCUACACCAGCUGCCAUUAUCAGAGCUUUCUCGUCUGAUAACAAAACAACAGUAGAAACCUCUUUUACAGUUUCAUACCUCAUAAAUUCAUGUGGGUUGUCACAAGAGGCUGCUAAUUCUGCUUCUAAGAGAGUGCAAUUUGAAACCGUAGAAAGGCCAAACUCUGGGCUUGCUCUUCUCCACAAAUAUGGUUUCUCUAAUCCCCAAAUAACCAAAAUUGUUAAGUUAUAUCCAUUGCUUCUUUUAGCUGAUCCUGAGAAAACUAUUUUUCCAAAGCUUAUGUUUUUCUCUUCUAUUGGGAUCAGUAGCCCAGACAUUAUAGAGAUCAUCUCUUCAAAGCCAGGUAUAUUAACCCAUAGCUUAAGGAAUCGAAUUAUUCCUGUUUAUGAAUUCCUCAAGUCUGCAUUGCUAUUUGAUGAUGACAUGGUCAAUAAAGCUAUGAGAAGGGGAUCGAGAAUUUUUCAACGCAAUGUGGAAAGGGUUAGUGCUCCUAAUUUGUUGUUCUUGAGAGAAAUUGGAAUGCCACAAUCCUCUAUCCAGCUGUUAUUGAUACAUCAUACUAAUUUGUUGUUGUAUAAAGUCGACAUGUUUCGCGAGAAGAUCAAAGAGGUUAUGAAUAUGGGUUUCUACCCUACAGAAACGAAGUUUAUCCAUGCUCUUGCUUCAAUGCUCCAAUUAUCUGAAUCAAAUUGGGAACACAAAAUUGAGGUUUAUGGAAGAUGUGGUUGGUCUGAAGCUGACGUAAUGUUUGCUUUCAAAAAGGCUCCUGAAAUCAUGACUUUUUCAGAGAAGAAGAUAAUUGGUUGUAUGGAUUUUCUUGUUAAUGUGAUGGAUAUGAAGCCUUCAGAAAUAGCUGGAACUCCUUACCUUCUUUGUUACAGUACGAAGAAAAGAAUCAUUCCCAGGGGUUUAGUUAUUAAAAUUUUGAAGUCGAAAGGUGCAUUGGAGAAGAAUAUCUGUUUCUCUACUGUGGUGGGAUUAACUAACAAAUGCUUCUUAGAAAGGUAUAUGGACAAACACAGGGAGCACAUUCCUUAUUUGCAGGAUGUCUUUGAAGGUAGGAUGUGUCCUCAAGAACUAGGCCUUCAAUAUGGGCAGAAAUUCCUGCAUGAAUGCCCGCUUGGCCUAAUGGUCGAUGAUGAAAACAAAUGGGGGUGCCCCCAAUUAAAGGCUAGCUUAAGGAAUCGAAUUAUUCCUGGUUAUGAAUUCCUCAUGAAUGCUUUGCUAUUCGAUGAUGACAUGGUCAUUAAAGCUAUGAGUAAUCAAUCAAGAAUUUUGCGACAGGAUGUUGAAAAGAUUAGUGCUUCUAAUUUAUUGUUCUUGAGACAAAUUGGAACGCCACAAUCUUUAAUCCAGCAGAUUUUGAUGCAUCAUCCUAGUGUGCUGUGCCACAAAGCUGAUAAAUUCCACGAUAAGAUCAAAGAGCUUAUUGAUAUGGGGUUCUGCCCUACAGGAAUGAAGUUUAUCUAUGCUCUUCAAGCAAUUCUACUCAAUGAAUCAUACUGGCAACGGAAAAUUGAGGUUUAUGGAAGAUGUGGUUGGUCUAAAGAUGAGAUCUUGAAAGCUUUUAAAAAGGAUCCUCGAUGUAUGCGUUUCUCGGAAAAGAAAAUAAUUGGUACUGUCCAUUUUCUUGAUAAUGUGAUGGAUUUAAAGCCUUCAGCAGUAGCUGCAAAUCCUUUGAAGAAGAGAACCAUUCCUAGGCGUUUAGUUUUUAAAACUUUGAUGUUGAAAGGUGUAUUGAAGAAGAAGACCAGUUUCCGUUCUGUAUUGUUAUUAACUGACAAAUGCUUCUUAAAAAUGUAUAUAGACAAACAUCUGGAGGAUAUUCCUUAUUUGCUGGAUGUCUUUGACGUUAUGUUUGCAUUACUAUACACUAAAACACCACAAUCGCUCUCUCCUAUUUUGAGAUAUUUUUGUGAUUUGAGUACCCAUUUGCGGCUUCUUCAAUGUACACCAGUUAUUAUUAACAGAUCUUUCUCAUCAACAAUCAGUAGUAAUAAAGAACAACCGGAAACCGGAAAAAACCUCUUUACAGUUUUUCCUACCUCAUUAAAUUCAUGUGGAUAUGUCACCACCGGCCGCUUAUAUUCUGCUUCCAAGAGAGUGCAAUUUUUAACUCCAGAAAGACCAAACUCUGUCCUUGCACUACUCAAUCAACAUGGUUUCACCAACUUCCAAAUAGCUAAACUUGUUAAGUAUGACCCAGGAUUUCUUUUAGCUGAUCCUGAGAAAACUAUUUUUCCCAAGCUUAAGUUUUUCUAUUCUGUCGGGAUUACUGGCCCAGACCUUGCAAAAAUCAUAUCUGUAAACCCAAGUCUAUUACGCCAUAGCUUACCGAAUUUUAUUAUUCCUGCUUAUAAAUUUGUCAGGAGUGCUUUGCUAUUUGAUGAUGACAUGGUCAUUAGAGCUUUGAGGCCAGGAUCAAGAAUUCUUCUAUAUGAUGUGGCUCCUAAUUUAUUAGUCUUGAGGGAAAUUGGAAUGACACAAUCCCUUAUCAAUAUGUUAUUGGCAUAUCAUAGUUCUUUGAUAUGCCAUAAAGUUGACAAGUUCCGGGAUAAGGUCAAAGAGGUUAUUAAUAUGGGGUUCUGCCCUACCAAAACAAAGUUCGUCCAUGCUCUUCAUGCAAUUAUCAGCAUUAGUGAAUCAAAUUGGCAGCACAAGAUUGAGCUUUAUGGAAGAUAUGGUUGGUCUAAAGAUGAGAUGUUGUCAGUUUUCAAGAAACAUCCUCUUUGCAUGACCCUUUCGGAGAAGAAAAUAAUUGGUGUUAUGGAUUUUCUUGUUAAUUUUAUGGACAUGAAGCCUUCAAAAAUAGCUGCAAGUCCUUACCUUUUUACUUCCUUUACCUUUUUAGCUUCGAGUUUGAAGAAGAGAUAA